GAGCUCUCAGUGCUGGGAUCCUCAGAGCCUGUGCCACAUCUGACUAUAGAGUUCCAGUCCUAGAUGUGGCCUCCUAUAGAGCCAACGUCCGUCGACUUCCAGUCCUAGAUGUGGCCACCUAUAGAGCCAACGUCCGUCGAGUUCCUGUCCGAGAUGUGGCAGACUCCAGUGUGGACGUCCCCCAGGUCCCAGUCAGCACCACAUCAGCUCCAGGAUUGGAAAUGGCUGACUGUUGUGUUGAUGUUCCAGUCUGUGCCACAUCAGACUGGGAAGAUGAUGGCCCUACAGUUCCAGACGGGGAAGAUGAUGUUCCUCCAGACUGGGAAGAUGAUGGCCCUCCAGACUGGGAAGAUGAUGGCCCUCCAGUUCCAGUCUGUGCCACGUCAGACUGGGAAGAUGAUGUCCCCCAUGUCGGACCAACAGGGGACACUGUAUCUGAGAAUGAGAUUAUUUACGUCGGUUGCUGGAGCUAUGAAGUCGGCAGGAAGCUCGGUGACACAGACUGACAGACUCGUGACGAGGCAUCGGGACCCAGGUUGAGACAUCCUUUCCAGUGAUGUACUAGCAAGAUGAACCGCUGCAACCUAAGAGUCCGCCGGGUCAAUUGAGAGGAGACACAGGUUUGAGAUGUUGGCCUGCACAGAGCGGGAUCACUCGCCUUGUGCUGAUGUGUCACGUGCUGUCAAAGAGUACUCGCGACCUGCCGCGGACAAGGAAUUCACGAGAGCCUGUAACCUUCGGCCUCCAUCUGUGCUUUUAAAGACUGUGUGCUAUUUAGCUGAUGACAUUGCAGCUUCCUCUACAUUUCAGCCAUGGACGGAGGUGUACAGUUUUGUACAGGUGUACAGUUUUGAAAACUGCUAGAGCUCUCAGUGCUGGGAUCCUCAGAGCCUGUGCCACAUCUGACUAUAGAGUUCCAGUCCUAGAUGUGGCCUCCUAUAGAGCCAACGUCCGUCGACUUCCAGUCCUAGAUGUGGCCACCUAUAGAGCCAACGUCCGUCGAGUUCCUGUCCGAGAUGUGGCAGACUCCAGUGUGGACGUCCCCCAGGUCCCAGUCAGCACCACAUCAGCUCCAGGAUUGGAAAUGGCUGACUGUUGUGUUGAUGUUCCAGUCUGUGCCACAUCAGACUGGGAAGAUGAUGGCCCUACAGUUCCAGACGGGGAAGAUGAUGUUCCUCCAGACUGGGAAGAUGAUGGCCCUCCAGACUGGGAAGAUGAUGUCCCUCCAGACUGGGAAGAUGAUGGCCCUCCAGUUCCAGUCUGUGCCACGUCAGACUGGGAAGAUGAUGUCCCCCAUGUCGGACCAACAGGGGACACUGUAUCUGAGAAUGAGAUUAUUUACGUCGGUUGCUGGAGCUAUGAAGUCGGCAGGAAGCUCGGUGAAGGAGGAUUUGGAAGCGUUUAUGCUGGGACUCGCUUGAAAGAUGGCCUUAAGGUGGCGCUGAAAUUUGCUGAUACUGUGGGUAUUGAGUGGAUCAACAUUGAGGAUAAUCCUGAACCCGUUCCUCUGGAGAUCGGUCUGCUAAUUCUCGCCAACAAAGGCCCCAGGGUUCCCCAGAUCAUCCAGCUUCUGGACUGGGACGAAGAGCCAAAUCGUUACAUUAUGGUUCUAGAGUUCCCUACACCCUGUGAGAGCUUGAUCGAAUAUCUAGACCGGCACGACUACUACAUCGACGAGAACGUGGCAAAGGUCAUCAUGCUUCUGGCAGCAGUCGCAGCUCAAACAUGCUGCCAACGUGGAGUGUUGCAUCGCGACAUAAAACUAGAAAACCUCCUGAUCAACCCGGAGACCCUGGAUGUCAAAUUGAUUGACUUUGGAUGCGGAGAAAUCCUGACCGAUGCGGGAUAAACGUCCUUUGCUGGCACCGAAGAGUACUGCCCCCUUGAGUAUGAAUCAUACGGCUUUUAUCACGGGAAACCAGCGACAGUGUGGUCACUCGGGGUCCUCAUGUUUACACUGGUGUGUGGAGAAUUUCCAUCUUCAGAUGACUUGGAUAUGCUAAAUGACAACAUCUGGACAAGAGAUGGCGUAUCACAAGAAUGCUGCAAAUUACUUUGCUCUCUCCUGCAAAGAAACCCAGCGAAGUGGCUUGAUUUGGAUGUCUUCACAAGUGGUUUAAGUACUUUGUUUAUUCAUUUAAUGACGAAAGUUCAGAAGACCUUCUACAGAAAGACUUGCCACCCGCUGUUAAGGAUUUUUUAAAACUUUUUAUAAAUAAACCAUAGAUUUGACUUUUAAACAACUACAUUGUCGGCAGAAAAUCUAUUAAAACUUAAUUUCGUGUCAAAAUAACAGUAGUAUUUUACAUUUCACAGACUUUCUCCUUUGAACGUUACUAUUACUAAUUGCGUCAUGACCAAAUACAACCAGACACAAUUAUUUAGUCUUGUUUGUGAAAGUUAUUUCCUCGCGACCUGUUUUCAAUUGGCUGAGCAGCGCACGAAACAGGCAUUUUUCUCAAUUCCCGCUAUGAGAGGAAUGGGAAAGUUCCCCUUCGCAUUAUGGCGGCGCCUGAAGAAUUACCGUAAAGCAGGUCUCUGGUCGUACGACGUGUAUGAUGUCAUUGACAUUUUUUAAAGACCUUUUAAAGCAAAAGUGACUCUAAAAAAUCCAACACCCAGCAAUGUGUAAUUGCUUUGCAUCUCCUUUCGAAUACAAGAUUCAAA